AUGCAAAUUAAGCUCUUCGAUGUGGUCGCGGUCAUCAUAACCCUUUGCCUUAGUGGACUGGUGGCAGCACCUGCUUCAAUAACUUCGAUUUCAAAUCUAAAGUUGGACAAAAGAAAUAAUCUGACACCUCUGGGUUUGGGAAGUUACUCUACUUCUAUUGCUUCUGUUUCAACUAAAGAACCCAUAGUUGCACCCACCGACUUGGUUGACGACAUGUUUGAUACUUUGAUCAACUUAUACUGGGAUGAGACACAAGCAAAUUUCAAUGAUAACUGCGGUGGAAGUUAUAGCGAGCCUGUAAUAUGGAAUGUUGCAGUAGCAGGUUUAGCUGCUUCUCGAAAAGGUAACGAAACGGUCAACCGUAAGGUUUAUGAGGCUCUCCAGAAAUAUAAAAAUCAUGAUUUAGGUGGAUAUUCUGCUACAACAGCCGGUAACAACGAUAUAUAUGAAGAUGACGAUUCCCAAGUAAGUUGGGUUUUUAUUAAUAAUUAUAAGGUUGAUGAAGAAGAGGAUUAUAUUGAUAGCGCAGUGAAAUUAAUAAAUUUUAUUUCUGAUCAAAAGGGACCAAAUGGUGGUAUAGAAUUCAGUUACCAAGGAAAUUAUAUUGCUUCCAUUUCUACAUUGGAAGCUGCGCUAGCUGCAGUCAGACUAAAUGAAGAAAAGUCCAACUCAACCUUGAUUUCGUUCGCUGUUGAGCAGCUUGACUGGAUAUUCGAUCACCUCUUGGAUUCAAAUGAUCAUUUAAUAUAUGAUGGCUGCGAUAAAAAAGGAAAUGUCAAUAAUGGUAAGCUCACAUACACUAUUGGAGUGGCUAUUUCUACAAUGGCAAUUCUUGUUAAACAUGGCAACACAAAACGAGAUUGGCAGGCGAUUGCAACUGAAUUUGGUGUGAGGACUUUUGGAGCUGGCAACUCUAAUUCGUUGUACUACACUAACGGCCAUCUCAACAAUGGCGUACAGUACACCCACGAUUUGUUUAAUGGCAUAACAGAUCUUUUGGAGUUAACGAUACCACUGUCAAAUUAUCAAAGACAAGCUUAUGAUAUGUUUAAGGCGGAGUUGGUCAGAGAAGCAAGACAUUAUUAUGAUGUGAACACUGUGGACAUCACUUCUGGUAACUGCGGGUCGAAUAUUACAAAUUUGCUUGACUUGGGAUCUUAUAUUCAAAUUUUUGAGGCAGUAGGAAGAAUUACGGAUAAAAUAUAG